CGUCCCUCGCGCCAUCUGCUUUUCAGUUGAAUGAAAUUUGUCUAGCUUCUUGAGGCAAUCAGCUCACAUUUGUGGAUAUUAAUAUAGCUUGAAGCGAGGAUGAGUGAUACAGAUGAUAGAAAUGGUUCUGAAGAAAAGGAUGUCAGUGAUAGAGAUGAUGAAGAGCAAGCUGGUGAGUACAACGGAGCAGGAUCCAGAUCAGCUUCCCGUUCAAGGUCUCGCUCAAAAUCUCGCUCUAGAUCACGUUCAAGGUCUCGUUCAGGAUCCCGUUCCAGGUCAAAAUCUCGCUCCCGAUCUGAUUCCAGAGAUAGAUCAAAGUCAAGGAGUCGAAGUCGUUCACGCAGACGCCGUUCUCGUAGCAGGUCACGUUCACAUUCAAGGAGGAGGCGAAGAUCCCGAUCUCGCAGUCCAUAUCACUAUAGGCACAAAAGAUCAAGAAGUGUUUCACCCCUGUCCUCAAGGAAACGUCAUGUUGGGAGUCGGGAUAACCCAGAAGUGAGCUGUUGCCUUGGAAUUUUUGGACUAAGCUUGUACACUACUGAACGAGAUUUAAGAGUGUACUUUGAAAAAUAUGGCACUGUUGAAUCAAUCCAGAUUGUCUAUGAUCGCCAGAGUGGCCGCUCAAGAGGGUUUGGAUUUGUCUACUAUGAAGCACCUGAAGAUGCAAGAGAGGCAAAACAGUGCACCAAUGGUUUAGAAAUUGAUGGUCGGCGAAUACGUGUUGAUUACUCCAUCACCAAACGAGCUCACACUCCUACUCCAGGAGUCUACAUGGGAAAGGCUACACAGCACCGAAACUACCGGAAAAGUCACUAUGAUGAUUACACCCGUGACAAGGAGUACUAUUCAAGGGACCGUCAUCGAGAUUAUUAUGGUAGCAGUGGGUAUCGCUCUCGCUCUAAUACACCACCACGUCGUUACUGAUAAUGAGCGAGAUGUGUGGUAUUAUUUAUACAAUGCUUACAUGUAUCUGCCUGUAGAUUAUCACUAGACAAUAUAAGACUACAUAGGAAUAGGUGUAAGCUAGAGCUUAUUUUAGCUACAGUAGUUCUGAUCUGCCCUGAGGUAAAAGAUACUUGAGGAAGCAUGUGUGCGGAUGUGAUCCCCCUCCAUUUUAAAUAUGAUAGAAGAACUUGUGAUUGGUUAGAUUUGUCCGUGACAGAUAUCUGAACAUUCCUGCAGAUGUCACCAAACUGUCACGCAAUGAAGAAAGACCGCUUGACAAGCAGCUUUCAAUUGAACGCUUCCAUGUAAAUUACUCUUCUGUUUAGCUCACUUUGUUGUAUUAUGCUUAGUAAUGCUCUAGUUAGGCUCAAGCAAGCACUUUUUAAAGUCUCAUCGUCGUAGUUUGUCUUUCUUUACAAUGCUUUUGUUGGUCCAACUAUUACGAGACCCUUAACUUGUGAACUUUUAAGUGGAAAAACAUUGGUAUGUGUGUUAUUUCCUUGUAAGAUCCUUACAUAAGUGAUUCAUAAGUUUAGUGAAAAGGUUCCGUUGCCAGAAGCCGUCACAUGUUGUUAUUUUACAAACAAAAUUCGUUUGGCCCUUGGUGCGCGGUGAGUCUUAACACCAGUAUUUUUCUAGUUAGGAGGGCGCAAAUUAACACAAAUAAUGUCAUUAGAUUUUCACUGAAAUGUUUUGAGGCUGGAAAUGUGUAAGUUACCCAAUGGAUAUUUUGAUUUAUCAGUUUUGUCAAGUAUUUCUGUAGAUGACUGUUUUGCCGAGUUAAUCAAACAGUUAUUUUAUUUGUUUUAAAAUUUGUAGCGAAAUAAAGUGCAUCGUUUAGCUCGUUU